AUGGAGAACCAAGUUAGAAGGGCGAAGAUUGCCGACGCAAUCAGGUCCUAUGACAGAAGCAAGGCUUGUGUUCUGUAUGUGGUAGAUACUGAUACACAUGGGUUAUUCCAUAGCCGUGACGAAGUUACAGUCACGGAGGAGGAAAAGGAAGACUUCUGGAAUGUGUGGUUACGUUCAAAGCGCGAGGAGGGUGUCAGGACACGUUGUCUCUUCGUGGAGAAUAUGACAGGGCCAGUUCUUCAAAUGAUUGGUGCAAGAUAUAACAUAGAACCAUUCUUUUUCUCUUCGUCAAUCAACUGGAUCCCCGCUCGAUAUCAGGAAGAAGUGCGACCCAAGCGGGGAGAUCGCCGCUCGAUUGACCCAACCUUUUACGACUCUGUUACGGCGACGCCCAAAACAUCGAGGACCUCCCUUGACUCCGCACCAUUCAACGGUAAGAAUCCACUUUUCUGCACCAUCUAUAUAGGUGAUCAUUAUCUCGUGGCCACAGAAGAAGAACAGGUGAUCGACACCCAAGCACCCCUUGCUGUGCGCACUAUCGAUGGGGAGCAUCGCAUUCUUCUGCUAGAUCUCCUUGCUGUGCACUUCAUACGGGAUGCUGAAUCUUCAACUAUAAUCUCUUACCAUCCAAAUCUUGAACAAACUGAGGAAGGCACCGGAGCUCGUCACCUAUCCAGACGUAUACGAUUGGCCGGGCAGUCUGUAUACUGGCAGAACUUAUUUUCCAAGUCGCCGGAUCCGACAUUCGUCCUUGUCACAUACCUUUGGCACGCUCUUUAUGCAUGGGAUGAAGCCCUUGAAACACUUUAUCAAUAUGUUUGCUAUCUGGAAACUCAGGUGAUCAAUACUUCAGACAUGGGUAUGACCAGAGAGUUGCACAUAAUCCGUGCCCACCACUUGCAUUACUCGUCGCUCUUGAAAGAUUUUGCGAAGACGGUGCACUUCGUCAGCACUACAUCUAACCCUGCGAUGGAUGCGGAGUCCGUUACAGACGAAGAACGCGAGAAUUCAAAGCAAUGGCUCAAGACUGAAUGUGACAACCUUAUGUCUCAGAUUGAGCGGCUUCAAAAAGGCCGGAAGAUGCAGGACCAGCGACUCAAGAACGUCAUGAACCUUGUUUUCAGUUCGGUCAACAUAGCCGAUAGUAGACGCAUGCAGAGUCUUACGCAAGCUGCCGUGAAGGACAGCGCUGCGAUGAAACAGAUUGCAUAUCUCACUAUGAUCUUCCUCCCUGCGUCAUUCCUUGCCACGGUUUUCGGGAUGAAUGUUCACGAGGUCACAGAUGGGGGACGCGAGACAGUUCCCCACUACGUCGCAGGAGCCUUGGUGCUUACUUUCGCGACAAUUUGGAUCAUCAUGGCGUUCCAAAGUGAUCUUAGCGACGACGAGCGGGCCACUACUGUCAUGCAUCGUCUGGCAUGGCCCUACUUUUGGACGAAGAAGACCAUCAAGGGCAUGCAGAAGAGACGAGCGGACUCCGAUGCGACUGGUCGCAGUGAUACCUAUCCCAUGAGUUACGAGGAUUGA